AUGAUAAUAUUGGCGGUCUCAACCCAAGCCGUGCCAUCUCCGGUCUUGUGGCUACAAUGCAAUCGGAAACCUGGUGGAAGCCAGGAGAUCAAUGGGACGGUACUCAGGCAUGAUGAGCCCUUCUCUCUCUUCACUGGUCCAAGCCCUAGGCCUCCCGUUGAAUGUUCCAUACUUGACCAGUUUACGGAAUCCCCACGACUUCUUCUUUGGCGAGGUGUUCACCAGUCUACCAUUCAUCUUCUGGCUCAGAUACUCUCUCACCGCAUGCAAGCUCUGCUCCAUGACCUCGGUGGGUGGGGACACGAGCGGGUUUCCUUCCGCGCUCAGCUUCCUCAGCCGCCUCAUGCAUCCAAUGGACUCGGGCAACACCGUGAUCUUGUUGUAGCUGAUAUCAAGCUCGAGGAGGUUCAUGAGAUGGCCGAUAGAAGAUGGGAGAGCGGUGAGGUAGUGGAAGUUCUGACUGACGUUGAGGAUCUCUAG